AUGGCUUUGGCACAUGAUUCAGCUUUCAAAGAUAGAUACUUGCAACUGCAGAGUGUUCGGGUCAGGUUCAUACCAACUGAGAAAAACGACAUCCGUGAAGUGGGUCCAAUGGAUGAGGUGGUUUAUGAUCUAGUGAAGCAUAAGUUUGCAGCACCAAACCAAGUAGCUACUAUCUACGAUAUGAAAGAGAGGGUUGAGGAUGGAAGGAGCUAUUACACGUUUGAGUAUGGACUCAGAACUCCUAUCUAUGCAACCACUUCCUUUGCAACAGUUGCAGUUGGAAACAACAGAUACUACACACUCAUAGUUGGAGCAAACGAGAGAAGAUGGAGGAAAGUAAAAAAACAGCUUCAAGUUGUAGCAGACUCUUUGAAGAUCCUCGAGAUUUGA